GCCACGAUUCAUUUGUCCUGUCACUAAUAGUCAGCUUUAGAGGGAUUUAGGACACAUUAACUCUACAGUUGGUGUUUGGGUUUCUUCACGUCUCGCAACAACCCCUCUCCGCCGCCGUCUUGACUGUGUCCCCUUAACAUCCUACCCCGCUCUCCUUUCCACACCGACAAACACUCCAAGGUUCUAAGGCAAACAUAUACACAUCAUGGGAAGCCAAAAACGGAUAGCUAAGGAGCUCGCCGAGCUUGUCGAAUCUCCCCCGGAGGGCAUCGUGGUAAAGCUGGCCGACGAAUCCAACCUUUACGCAUGGAACGUAUACAUGGACGGACCUGAGGGAUCUCCUUACCAGAACGGCAAAUUCCAACUUAAUCUGUCCCUCCCCACCGAAUACCCCUUCAAACCCCCUACCGUCUCCUUCAAAACGAAGAUCUACCAUCCCAAUGUGACCAACGAUGACAAGGGAAGCAUGUGCCUGGGCAUGCUUCGGGCCGACGAAUGGAAGCCUAGUUCCAAGAUUUUGGCAGUGCUGCAGUUCGCGCGUCAGUUGCUCGCAGAACCGAUGCCCGAUGAUGCCGUCGAGGGACGGAUCGCAGAGCAGUUUAAAAAUGACCACAAUCGGUACGAGGAGGUUGCGAAGGAGUGGACACGCAAGUAUGCCACUCUUUAGUGAGAUGAUGACUGCUACUGCUACCGCUGGUGCUUGCGGGCCGGUACAGCAGGUAGACAGAUACUUUCGGGGGAGCCUGCGUGUUGAGAGUGAUACAAGAUGACGGGAGAUAUACACUGAAGAGGGACUAAAAAGACAUGAAUGUUUCGGCUUGGCUAGAUAUAUACGAUAUGAACAUGUUUGAGCAUCACGACUGCAUGGGAUGAAUUAUUGUUAGCAUUGUUUGCUUGUGGAAUAAAGGACAUGAAAUCAUAAUAGAUACUAUAUGCAUUUGGUGAGACUAUUAUAUAUGGGCGCUUACACCUUAUCGGCAUCUUUAGCACUUCCGGGUG